AUGGCAACCCAGCAGGGACCGGCCCGCCGUAACGGUGUCAUUGGGUUCCAAAUGACGGGUGCCUCUACCCCCGCCAUCCCUCUGAACACCCCACGCCGCAAUGGACCCAUUGGCUUCCAAAUGAUGCCUGGUUCUUCUCACAUUGCCAACCCCUCCUCUUCUCUCAUUAACCAGGGUCCUCCGCACGGGAUCACCCCCUGGUGGGCCCCGACACAGCCCAUUCUUCCCCCUCAGUGCCCGACCAAGUCAGGCACAGCGCGAGGUCAGCGCGCUCAAUGCAAAACUGACCGAUGCCGAAGCGACAAUCUAUCGGCAAGAGAUGGAGCUGGACCGGGCCAAGUCCCAGGCCUCGGCCCUCCAAUCUCAAAUAAAAAACCAGCGAGCCACCACUCGCUUCGUCGAACAAGACAAGAUGGACCAGAUGGUCCGUCAAUCGACUACCAACCGGGCGCGCGAUAUCGAUGGCCAAUUCAAGGCCAUCGAGAGCAGAUUAGACCAGGUGUCCGAGGACCUGGAACGUGCCGAGGGCAGCAAAAGUGCCCUCAAAAAAUAAAGCAAACUAUCGAGCAGGACCGGGCAGAUAUCCAGGACCUGCGAAAGGUAGUUUGCGCGGCAGAAGUCAACCUGCGGCGACAAGAACGCCUUACGGGUGCGGAGGACCGUAUGAACGGCCUCCUGAAGAAUAUGGAGAGAAUGCUUGCUGCGGCUAUGCAAAACACAAGGGAAAACAAGGUUCUGACUCGCAAGGUACCAAUUGCUGAGUCCUCGACCAACCCUGUGAGCAUUGCGCGUCGCCAUGUCGUGGGAAGCCAGGAACAAGGCUCCCAUGGGCAAGUAUUUGAUCCUCACCCGCGGCAACUCGGCAAGGGAAAGGAACGUGGCCCAAGAUCGCUCCGUCCUGAGGAUCUCCACGUUGAUGGGUAUAUUAGCUCCAACGUUGAUGUUUCCGGUGGCUCUUUGAGAUCUCGAUCGGAGAGUACCAGCGUUAUUUCUGAUGUUAUGCCAUUGGAUAGUUGCAGAUCAUCACGCGAAGGGUCACCUAUGGAUAUCACCACUGAGGCCCCUGAGGUCACUGAUCCCAGCGUUCUUUCUGAUGUUAUGCCAUUGGAUAGUUGCAGAUCAUCACGCGAAGGGUCACCCAUGGAUCUCACCACUGAUGCCACUGAGGUCACUGAUCCCAGCGUUCUUUCUGAUGUUAUUAUGUCAUUGGAUAGUUGCAGAUCAUCACGCGAAGGGUCACCCAUGGAUAUCACUACUGAGGCCACUGAACAAGAACUUGCCGCCCAUAUGUCGCAGGUGGACGACCAAAAUGCAGCGGUUCACGAAGCACCAGCUACCACCCUUGCCAUCACUCCCCAGCAAGUGGAGACUUACGACAUGAUGGAAAAUAGAAACCAACUCUUUUACUUCGAACUUGCAAAGCUGAACGGCGAGGCCUUUGACGGGUAUAUGGAAUGGGAGCCAGCAGAGACGACCACAGUUUUCAACAAAGAUGACCAGGCGGCUCCGAGCCAGGCAUCUAGUGGUCCAAGCCUACCCUUCCUUCCUGUCGAUUCCAAUGAGAAUGUCCUCAUGAUUCCCGGCCAAGUAACCAGCGCCGUGAUCCCCCCAGAUACCAGCAGUCCCUGUGAUAUUCCGACAUCACUGCCAUUGAGAAAAACAAUCGCAAACCGUAUGGCGACCGCACGUGCAAUGAAAUUGCCCAGCAACCGCAGGCGCGUGUUUAAACGGAAGGACCGUCCUACCGGGAGUCUUCGUCGUUCCGUGCGUCAGAGGGUGAUUAAGUCCGUCAAUCUCCCAGUACGAAAACGGACAGCUGGUAUUGUUGAGUUCGGCCACAACGAAGGACCAAACCGCAAGAAGAGAAUCACAAAAGAGUUGGUGGAAGCCAACGGAUCGCAGUUGCUUUCCCUUUCUGAAGUAUAUGUGAUGAACACAGCCCCGAAAGUGCCAGAGGUGAGUGUGCCAGCUGUUUCGCAGCCAGCUCAAUCUGUGCAAGUUUCGACAGAGGAGGUGCCCACCCAGGCAGUCAUGAGUGAGCCAGCUGUUUCGCAGCCAACUCAGAUUGUUUUGGAGUACACUGAGUACACUGAGUCUGCUAUGACCGAGCAGGCAGUUAUGAGUGAGCCAGCUGUUUCUCAGCCAACUCAGACUGUUCUGGAGUACAACGAGACCGUCCCGACCGAGCAGGUGCCCACUGAGGCAGCUAUGAGUGCGCCAGCUGUUCCCCAGCCGACUCAAGCUGCCCAGGAGGCCACUGAGCAGGUUCCUAUCGAUGCAGCUCUGAGCGAGCCCGCUGUUUCUCAGCCGACUCAAGCUGUGUCAGAGGACGAUGAGAGUCUCGAGACCGUGCAGGUGCCUACCGAGGCAGUUAUGAGUGUGCCAGCUGUUUCCCAGCCGACUCAAACUGUCUUGGAGUCCACUGUGCCCGAGUCCAGUGUGCUUCAGUCCACCUCGCUCGCGUCAAUUGUGUCCAUCCCAUCUGACGAAGUUGUGGGUGCGCCUGCUCCUAGUGAGCCAGCCCCAACAAAGUCAGCCCAGACUGAGCCAUCGUCAGCUGAGGAAAUUCAGAGUGUGCCUGCUGCUACUAAGCCGACUCUGAAUGAAUCAGACCUGACUUGGCAGACCGAAGAUGAGCUUGUUAUUCCGAGCCUGCGGACCGGUACCCGUUCGCACCUCGAUGUCUUGCUUGAUAUGCGAGCGGCAAGGAUUCAAGCUCGUCGUAACAUCAUGUCUUCUCCUGAGGGGUUGCAGCUCACAGCAGCCUCUCGAAUUAUCUCCACCUCUUCCCUGGUCGCCAGUCCCGAAGACGCCUCGGUCAAGAAUGCCGUUGCAACAGGGACAGAUUCCCGUGCGGGGGUUUCGAAGGGCACCAAGAGGGUCGAGGACGCCAACCCGACUUGCGGCGCUCAACGGACUGCAGGAGAACAGCGGGAGGAAAUUUGCGGAGAGGAGGCAGCGACUUCUGGUCUUCAAAUGCCAGGAGCUUGGCCUUCCGACCCACCCGCUGUCACUGUAUCUGACGAGUCAGACACGCAUGAGGGAUCGGCUUUGCUGAGGGGGGUUGUGGACAGGAGCUCGUUGGGCGUCCUUUGGUUUAUUCGUCAUGGUGAUGGUGAUGCUGCUGUCGUUCCCCGUAUGGGCAGGUCACCUUGGACACCUCGUUUACGCCUUGGAGGGUCCCGAACAGUUCCUGGAGGAACUGCGGUGGGAGCACGGAUAUGA